AUGACUGAAACUGCAGUUUGCAUUGGAACGUUCAGUGCGGUGAAGGCACUUUGGGAAGUGAGAAUACACAAGAUAAAUGAGGAAUUACAGAAAGAAAAGGAAUUCAGACAGAGGUCUGCAGGAAGGCUACUACUUGUCUUGGAGGAGAGAGCUGCUUUAGCAAAGCUCAAAGAAAAAGUUAUUAAUGAAGACGGAAGAGCAAUUUUAAGGAUAGAGGAAGAAGAAUGGAAGACACUACCUUCGUGCUUACUGAAACUAGUCCAUCUCCAGGAAUGGCAGCUUCAUAGAACUAGUUUGCAGAAAAUUCCUCAGUUCAUUGGAAGAUUUCACCAUCUUGUUGUUCUGGAUCUAUCCCGGAAUUCCAUUGAAAAUAUACCUAAAGAAAUUGGCCAGCUGACUAGCCUCCAAGAUCUGCUUCUCAGUUACAAUAGAAUAAAGUCUGUUCCUAAGGAAAUAAGCAACUGCAUCAGUCUGGAAAGACUGGAACUGGCUGUCAACAGGAGUAUCUGUGAUCUUCCUCCUCAGCUCAGUGAUUUAAAGAAGCUUUCACACAUAGAUUUGUGCAUGAAUAAGUUUACUUCCAUCCCUUCAGCUCUUCUCAACAUGCCAAAUCUAGAAUGGUUAGAUAUGGGGGGAAAUAAACUCCAGAAGCUUCCUGAUGCAAUUGACAGAAUGGAAAAUCUCCAUACAUUAUGGCUCCAAAGGAAUGAGAUAAACUCUUUACCAGAAACCAUUUGUAAUAUGAAAAAUCUUAGUACUCUUGUUCUUAGCAACAACAAACUUAAGGCUAUUCCAGCUUCUAUGAAGGACAUGACAAAUCUGAGAUUUGUCAACUUCAGAGACAACCCAUUGGAGUUAGAGGUAACGCUCCCUCCAUGUGAGAAAACAGAAGAGGAGGAGCAACAGGAAAUGUUUGGCAUUGAAUUCAUGCACCUGUAUAUCCAGGAGUCACUCAAGAAAACAGGAAAUCUGGGAAGUGGUACUUCUGGUCCUUCUCAUAUCACAAACGCUAAUGAAUAA